UUUGAAGCACAGUUGGGGGGAUUGGGGUUGGCGCUAAGGGAAGAAAUAUGGGGUUGGCGCUAAAGGAAGAAAAGGUCGAUGUAGGACUGAAACUAGGACCCAGUUGAUGAGCAUGCAGUAGGGUCGUGCGUAGCGGCCAUUACAUCUAAAGCUUCGACCCCAAUAUUAAUAUUAUCAUCGGACUCUGUAGCUCAGAUGUCCGUUUCCGGCGAUCUGAUCCCGGAGCGGUGAAACGGACGGAAGUAUUCGUAGGCAUAGGAAUCAUAAAUUAUCAGGGCUGCCUGAAACUAGCAAAAACUCUCUUACUGACCGUUAAGAACUUAUGUGACCGUGAUUUGUAGAACUUACCCGUCACGCUCUUGUUUUCUCCUUGAUCAUGUUUGAUUCAUUUCGGAAAGGUCAGGUCAGGCUGAGUAAGCGGGUUAGUUCAAAUCAAUUAACAAGUUGAUUUUUUGAAAAUUAAAUUUGGUAUCCAAAUUUCUUUUUUUAUUACAAUUUAGUACUUAUUUUUUUUUUGUUGCAAAUAGGUUAAAAAAAUUUGAGGAUUGAUAUUCGUCGCUCUAAAACUCUUUAUUCGUCGCCCUAAUAUUCAUUAAAAUGACUUAAGUAUCCUUAGUCCAUGAUCAUUUGCCUGAAGGUAAACACGAAAGCGAAUACAUAACAAAACAUAUUGGCUAUUCUUCAUACACAAUGUUCUGGUUUCCGUGACGGAAUCAACUAAAGAGGCAGGCAUGGUGAUGAUCAGUAGUGGGAAUCCUUAUAUGAAAGCCAUGCAAUGUAGAAGCAGAAAUGAACCCUUAUCUGAAACCCAUGUAUAAGCAGAAAUGGUUGGCGACCUGCCCCCGAGCUCUUCGGCGACGGGCCGGUGGAUUGGGGAAUCACGGCUGGUCGGAUUCUUUCUCAGUAAUGAUAGGAGGACGGCGAGGUGGGGGGAAUGGGAGCGGCAGCGGGUUGCGCCGAACGACAGCGGUUGUCCAAGUUAGGGAUUACAGAUUGAAUUUGGGUUGGGGGAACGGUAGCGGUCGUUGGACGAGGCGCGGCGGUGGGUUGUGGGAAUAGCAGCGGUAGUCCAAAUUAGAGAUUACGGACCGAAUUUGGAUACAAGGAUAUAAUUGUCAAUUUAGUACAAUUUAGGGCAAUAUAAUUUAAAUUUUAGUGCGACGAAUAGCGAUUCAAAAAAAUUUAUGAGAAAUUUAUGUUUUAGUACCAUUAUAUAUUUUUCUUACAUUAUAGUACCUUGAACUUUAAAGUUUUACAAACAUGUCAAAUAUGUUGGUAGUUGGUACCCUAUCCUCCCUCAAUUUCAAAUCACUAGUAUUACAAUUUAGUACCUUAUAUCACCAAAAGAUGACGUGACCCUAAACUGACUAUGUAGACAAACUGAUCCAGUUUGAUCCUCACGGUUGGUCGAACUGGGUCAAUGAAUAUAUAGGCAGUGGCGGAGCCACUUGGAGACCCCCCUUGGGUUUGGAGAAUUUUUUUUCGAGUAGAGAUAUAUACAAAUUCGAACCAAUGACCAUUCAGUUGCAGGAAGAAUUUCUUAUCAUUUCGAUCGAGUGAGUUUUGUUAUGUAAUGCACUUUCGUCUUUAUUUAUAGUAAUAAAUUGUUGUCUUUUGUUUAAACUCGCUCAAUUUUUUUUUUGUAGCUCUACAACAGAGAAAUUUCUUGUCUUUUGUUUAAACAAAGUUGAAAGUGAAGAAGUACCAAUUGAAGUUCACUUGUUUGUUUCACAAAAUCAAUUCCAAGGUACUUAUGAGUUCUAAUUUGUAAUAUUUGAUGAAUGGAAGUCUUGAUUUGUAUGUACUGAACUUAUUUGUUUGACGUUGUAACUGGUGUACGUGAAACUCUUUUAAUGUAAUUGUAUGAAUUUAGAGUAUUGCGUUGUUGACUUUUUGUUUAAUUUAAAGUUGACUUUUCUAUUGUAUAUGUGAUUUUUUAUGAUAUGAUAAAGACACCCACUUAGCCAAUUUUCUGGCUCCGCCACUAUAUAUAGGACCAGACUUACAACCCUCAUUCACGAGACUGCGAAAGUUCUAGUUAUCUCUAAGAAGAAUUACAAUAGCUUUGAUUAUGAUCAGGUGUAAGACUAGACAAGAUCACUUUUUAAGGCUGUAACAGUAUUAGGACUAGAUUGCAUCUGUGUAUGAUUAGCUAGUGUAUUUUAUGCUUGAUUAGGAAUCGUUACAUAAUUUAUUAUUCAAGUCUUAUAGGAAAUCAUUAUGAUUUCUUGCUCAUUCUCUUUUUUUCUUCUCUAAUAUUGGUAUAUAAUGUCGAUAUCUUUGAUUGAGCUCCUCCUAACUUUUAGCGGAUUCAAUGAAUACGAAAUGUCUCUUCGUGUAAUCCUAUAUAUUCUACAUGAUUACCUAAGUCAUCCCUAAUAAACUAAUCAAGGUCCUAGGUUAGUACAUUAUUAUACUACUAGUGAGGCCGAAAACGAGUCGACAAAAUCCUAAUCACGAUAAUUGCUAAGACCAUCAUCAUUAACUUGGCAUUUUUAGGCGGUUGACAUGAGGUGAUCAUCGUGGUGAUCAUCUCCCACCCAUUGACAAAAGUUACCAAAAACAAUUCAUAACUAUUUGUGAUUUUCCUUCAUUUUAAAAUUACACAAUAUAAAUACACACAUUAGCU